ACCGGGCCCUGGAUGGACCCCGCUCAGCUCACGAGGGGCAGCCGCCGCCGGGCCCGGGCCUCCCUCCCCGCUACGGCCUCCGGGCCUGGGCUCCCCUCUUCUCCCCUGGAGGCGGAGGGGGCUGGGGGCGCGGCCCGGCCAGGCCCGCCGAAGGGGUCCCGCGGGGCUGAACCCCUCAGCCGUGGCCUCCCGGUUAAAACUCCCCAAACAAGCCCCCGGGGGGGAGGCGCCGCUCCGCGCGCAGCGGGCGGGGUGGGUUGAGGGCCCUUAGAGCCGGGCGGUGUUCAGCGGGGCGCGGGGAAUGGCCAGGAGGAUCAUGUCUGCUUCGGCCCAUGUUCCCCGCGAGGACUCUGCCUCGAGCCUGUGAAUCACCUUGAGCAGCGGAGUGUCUUUCAGAGGGGCAGCCCGGCUGCAUGGGAAGGCAUCCAGCAAGGCAUCUUAAGUCAGUCAUUCCAGAGAUGGGCACCGGAAUUGAACACAUGUAUCUUGCUAUUGCUGUAUGUAGAGGUGGCAGUAUCCUCCUUGUCCCAUCUGAUAUUCUUCUGCAUAAACUUCCAAAGAUCACAUCACUCUGCAAUAAAGUAUUGCAUUGGAAAAUUAUAUUCACUUGUUUAUCCCCCAUGAUCCCAAAGUCUUUACAUAGCGAGUACAUUCAAAGGUGCAGUCUCCCAUCUUUGGCCCUAAUUUUAUUUAUUGAUGCCUUUAUGACAAAGGCUGGCUCUGGGAGAUCUAGGAGGAAACCCAGCAAGACUCAACAAAGACAAGAUGCAGAAGAUGCAGUUUAUGGGAGAAAUGGGUAUGAUUAUGGAGAGUGUCGAUUGCGUGUUGAGUUCCCUAGAUCAUACAGAGGACGGGGUGGAGAUUUUGGUGGAGGACCCCGGGGAAGGAAUGGCCCUCCAUCACGACGUUCUGAAUUUCGAGUUCUUGUUUCAGGGCUUCCUCCAUCAGGCAGUUGGCAGGACCUGAAGGAUCACAUGCGUGAAGCUGGUGAUGUUUGUUAUGCAGAUGUACAGAAAGAUGGAAUGGGUAUAGUUGAAUUUCUCCGUAAGGAAGAUAUGGAGUACGCACUGCGUAAACUGGAUGACACCAAAUUCCGAUCUCAUGAGGGUGAAACUUCCUAUAUCAGAGUCUGUCCUGAAAGAAUUUCCAGCUAUGGCUACUCACGGUCCCGUUCUGGGUCAAGGGGUCGUGAUUCUCCAUACCAAAGCAGGGGAUCACCACGGUACUCCUCCCCCUUCAGGCCAUACUGAUUGCAUCCAACAACAGGGACUUCUUAAAAUGUGAACUGAGCUUCUUUCUGCUCGGAAUUUACAUUCCAAAACUGAUGGAUAGUUUUUCGUAGGAACUCUUUUUUUUAUUCAAUAAAAAUCUUUUUUUUAUGAUUUACAGUUCUUACUAGGGCAAUGUUGGCAACACUUUGAAAAGUUGCAGUUUCAUUUUGGUGUUUUGUUUGAAAACAUGUCAAGGGUUUAUUUUUUCCCUCCUAGCUGAGGAAAAGUAAACUCAAAAACUUGUGCAGUUAUCUCCUGGCCUGCAGGAUGGUGCUAAACAGUAAUGGAGUGACUGUACAGCUCAGCCUGUUGUGUAGAAAUAUAUUUAAAUGUUUUAGUAACUCACCAGUGGUGGUUGUCUUUUAUGUGAGGAUUGUAUUAAAAAGAGGUGGGAGUAGAUGCAAGCUCUGUCCCAUGCCCACUGGGUACCCAUCUGCUUAAGAAGGGAGAACAGUUUUCAGUAGCAAAAUUAUGCAGUCUAGGGUAGCAGAGGGAAAAACAGUGCCUGAAGACAUUUUCUUUUCAGAGAAACUAAUCCUAUUUCAAAAGAGGGAAAGCUUACUGCAUUAAGAGAAAAAGAAGAUAGCAAUUAGAAUGCUGCUAAGUAGCUUGUUAGUUGCAGGUUUCCGUGUUUGUUUGGUGGGUUUGGUUUUUUUUUUGGGGGGGGUUGUUUUUUUUAAACACAUCAACCAAGUAUUCUCUAUGCUUGUAAUAAUCUAAUUUGGUUUAUAAAUAACUCAACUACAGUACAGAAAAA